GGUUGUCCGGAAGCUUCCGAGAGGAGGGCAUCAGGGAAGCAGGAUGGCGGACUUGGUUAAGAAGCUGCGGGCGGAGGGCAUCGAGAAGCGGGUUGUACAGGAGGGCACCGGGGAGCUGCCCGACUUCCGGGACGGAACCAAGGCCACCUUCCAUUUCCGGACCCUGCGCAGCGACGAGGAGGGAGCGGUCAUCGAUGACAGCCGCCACCGGGGGAAGCCCAUGGAGCUCAUCCUGGGCAAGCAGUUCAAGCUGCCCGUGUGGGAGACGAUCGUCCGCAGCAUGCGCGAGGGCGAGGUAGCCGAGUUCCUCUGUGACGUCAAGCAUGUGGUCCUGUAUCCACUGGUAUCAAAAAGUCUCCGUAACAUUGCUGCAGGCAAGGACCCCCUGGAGGGCCAGCGGCAUUGCUGUGGCAUUGCCCAGAUGCAAGAGCACAGCUCGCUGGGCCAUGCUGACUUGGAUGAGCUGCAGCAGCACCCCCAGCCCCUCAUCUUCCACAUAGAGAUGAUCAAGGUCGAGGCUCCUGGUACCUACCAGCAGGACCCGUGGGCCAUGAGCGAUGAGGAGAAGAUGAAGGCCGUGCCCCUCAUCCACGAAGAAGGCAACCGUCUGUACCGCGAGGGGCGCGUCAAGGAGGCUUCCGUCAAAUACUACGAUGCCAUCGCCUGUCUGAAGAACCUGCAGAUGAAGGAGCAGCCCGGCUCUGCCGACUGGAUCCGGCUGGACCUGCAGAUCACCCCACUGCUGCUCAACUACUGCCAGUGUAAACUGGUGGCCCAGGAGUAUUAUGAAGUGCUGGAUCACUGCUCUACCAUUCUCAACAAGUAUGAGGAUAACGUGAAGGCCUACUUCAAGCGGGGCAAGGCCCAUGCAGCAGUGUGGAAUGCCAGGGAGGCCCAGGCCGACUUCGCCAAAGUGCUCCAGCUGCAACCGGCGCUGGGCCCUGUGGUGAGCCGCGAGCUGCGUGACCUACAGCACCGGCUGCGCCAGAAGGACCUCGAGGACAAGGCCCGUUUUCAGGGCAUCUUCUCUCCGUGACCAGCCCUGCCCCGCUGUGCCCACCCCCUGUAUAAAUGUAUUUAUCUGCC